AACAAAUUUCACGCCGCCAGAACUCACAUCUGAACCCCAGCGAGCAAACACAUCUCUCACAUCACAACGCAUCUCGUCAAUCCCCUCCAGCACCACCAAGAAAUCCUCGGGGGCGAAGGAUCCCUCUCGGCGCUGCAAUGAAAGGGCGCGCGCUGAAGCUCCGGGAGGCGCACAAGGCGGGGUCGCCGCCGGUCUUCUGCACGGCGGUGUGGGGGCCCGGAGGACAGCACGUCGUCACCGCCUGCGCCAGCGACGUCGCCGUCCUGAUCCAUGACGCCGCCGCGGUUGCUGCUGGCGGCGGCCGGGGCUCCGAUCCGGCAGCGGUCGUCACCACCAUCCGGCUCCACAAGGAUGGCGUCACGGCGCUCGCCGUAGCGCCGGGCUCCGGCGGCUCGCUGGCUUCCGGCUCCAUCGACCACUCCGUCAAGUUCUACUCCUUCCCAGGUGGAGAGUUCCAGGGCAACGUUGCUCGGUUCACCCUCCCGAUCCGGUCACUCGCCUUCAACAGGAAGGGCACCCUUUUAGCAGCGGCCGGCGAUGACGACGGCAUCAAGCUGAUCGCGACGAUCGACAACACAAUCUCUAAGGUGCUCAAGGGCCACAAGGGCUCAGUCACCGGACUGGCUUUCGACCCCAAGAAUGAUUACUUGGCGUCAGUUGACAGCUUCGGCACGGUCAUCUAUUGGGAUCUUUGCUUGGGAAAUGUGUCGCGUACCUUGAAGCGUGUUGCCCCAACAUUUGGCUCCGACCACUCAGUGAAGAAUGGCCUGUGUUGGAGUCCUGAUGGGCAAACCCUUGCUGUUCCCGGAUUGAGGAAUAAUGUAGUCAUGUAUGAUAGGGACACUGGGGAAGAGGUGUUCACGCUGAAAGGAGAACAUGAGCAGCCAGUCUGCAGCCUUUGCUGGUCGCCAAACGGGAGGUACUUGGCCACUGCUAGCCUGGAUAGGCAGGUGCUGAUCUGGGAUGUAAAGUCGAGGCAGGACAUUGAGAGGCAGAAGUUUGAUGAGAGGAUAUGCAGCUUGGCUUGGAAACCAGAGGAAAAUGCUUUAGUGCUGAUUGAUGUGACGGGCAAAUUUGCCAUUUGGGAGUCGGUAGUCCCUUCAACUUUGAAGUCGCCGACUGAGGGUGCACCUGACCUAAACAUAACAAGAGUUCCUUUCUUUGAUGAUGACGAUGAGGAAGAAAAGGCAAGCACAUCUGCUGGAUUUGAUGAUGAUGUUGAUGAAAGUCUUGGAGAGCUGGGCCCUUCCAGUCACAAGAGAUUGAGGAGGAAAUCUGCAUUUGGUGACCACUCUAAUGGAGAUAAUGAAGAUGAGGAUUUGAUACAUCAUAUGGAGUCAUACAAGAGAACAAAACAUAAGCAUAAAGAUACAAAGGAAGAUGUUGGUAAGGCAAUAGAUGAUACAGCCACUUCUGGAAGGUUUGUUACAGCAAGAAUGCAGGUUUCUUUCCAGCCUGGUGCAACGCCAUCGCAGCCUGGCAAGCGAAAUUUUCUUGCAUACAACAUGCUUGGAAGUAUUACUACUAUUGAAAAUGAGGGGCACUCACAUGUAGAGGUUGAUUUCCAUGACACAGGAAGAGGCCCUAGAGUUCCUUCCAUGACUGACUAUUUUGGUUUCACAAUGGCUGCACUAAAUGAAUCAGGAAGUGUGUUUGCAAAUCCAUGCAAGGGUGACAAGAAUAUGAGCACUCUUAUGUACCGUCCCUUCAGUAGCUGGGCUGGCAACAGCGAGUGGUCAAUGAGGUUUGAGGGAGAAGAAGUGAAGUCUGUGGCUCUUGGUGCUGGAUGGGUUGCUGCAGUCACAAGUUUAAAUUUUUUGCGCAUCUUCACAGAAGGGGGCCUGCAGAUGCAUAUCCUCUCAGUCAGUGGUCCAGUGUUGACAGCAGUGGGUCAUGGAGAUCAGCUAGCAAUUGUGUUCCACUCUUCAGAUUGUCUUCCUUCAGGAGAUCAGGUCCUAGAUGUUAAGGUAUUCAACAUAUCUGAGGGGGCACAAGCAAUGUCCAGUCGCCUUGUGUUGACUCCAUCCUCUCAAUUAUCUUGGUUUGGUUUCAGUGAGAAUGGCCAACUUAGUUCAUAUGACUCAAAGGGAAUACUGAGGGUCUUUUCUAGCCAGUUCGGAGGAAGUUGGCUCCCCGUGUUUAGUUCAAUGAAGGCAAGAAAAUCUGAAGAUGAAAGCCACUGGGUGGUGGGUUUGGAUGCUAAUAACAUAUUCUGUGUCCUAUGCAAAUCCCCUGACUGUUAUCCACAGGUAAUGCCGAAGCCUGUUCUAAGUAUACUGGAGUUUUCAUUUCCUCUUGCCUCAUCUGACCUUGGAGCCAAUAAUUUGGAGAAUGAAUUCAUGAUGAAGAGGCUGCAUCUCUCACAGAUCCAAAAGAAAAUAGAAGAAAUGGCUGCUUUGGGUCUGGACGUGACUGCAUUUGAAGAUGAAGCGUUUAACACAGAGGCUGCACUUGACCGGUGCAUCUUGAGGCUCAUAUCUAGCUGCUGCAAUGGUGAUAAGCUGACUCGAGCUACCGAGCUUGCAAAAUUACUGACACUGGGGAAAUCAAUGAAGGGAGCAUUAACACUUGUAACACGCUUGAAACUUCCAAUAUUACAAGAGAAGUUCAGUUCAAUACUUGAGGAGAGGAUGUUAAAUGAUACAAGAACUCCAGGAGCAAUAGGUGUUUGCUCCAGUGCAACCACUGCAAAGUACUCACCAUCGUUGACCACUCAUGCAAUUCAACCUGCUAAAACUGUACAGAAUGGAAAUAACAUGGAGGCUUCUGCAGCACCUGCACUAAAUCCUUUUUCCCCACAACGAAGCAGUGCACCUGGAUCAAAGAAGGCAGAAGUAGAACAACUGAAAGAGCCGAAGGUUACUGAAAAGGCUUCACCAUCAGUUACCCCACUAGCCAAGAUGCCUAAAAAGAAUGAAAAGGCACAAGGGAUAGCAAAGACAAAUAGGGAUGUGACAGCUGUAGUCGAACAGCUUCCAAAAGGUGUAAUCGAUCAGGUUGGUGUUAAAAACAAGAGCAACGAAGAUAGCAACCGGGUAGAGCCUCAGCGGCCAGUUAACCCCUUUGCAAAACCUUCAUCCAACAAAGACAAAUCAUCGUCCCUUUUGGAUUCCAUCAAGAAGAUGAAAGUUGAAAAUGAGAAAGUUGAUAAAUCGAACAGCAAGGUCAAAGUCUAAAUGUUUUUCUUAGUCAUAUGGCCUGCUUGGUGGAAUCUGCCAGUUAAUCACCUGUUUUAAUUAACAUCUGAAGAACUUGCCCUUUUCACUUAAAUUCUGAUAGUCUAGUUGAGUCAGCAUAUGAUUCCUGAGCUUUUUAUAGCUCCAAAGCUUUAUUUGUAGUUGGGUUGUCUACUUGUCUGAUUGAUAUUAGUAUGUUAAUAGUUUCCCUGUUCAGGAAAUAGGUUCCACACUUAUUUGUUAUUUGACGCAGACCAGCGAGAUGUGUCUUUGAGGAUGUAUGAUUUACCUGUUACUGGUUAAAGACAAUCCCUGGCAACUUUGAUUUGCCAGCAGAUACAUCAAUAGCAAAUUUCCUGCCAACCAAA